CAGCAAACACCAUUAGACCGUAACGACGAGGGUCUUGUAUCUUGUGUGAGGUGAGCCAGACAUGAUUCCAGCGGGUAGGAGACUGGUGCGCCAAUGGCAUCAGGUUCGGUGCGGUCGGGCGUUUUGCAGCGCUACUCGGCCGUCACGAGUGUGGAUGAGGCAGGAAGAAGAACUCAGGGCUCUGCAGCAAGGGCGCGACGAAGAGCUCAAGGAGCAACAACGAGAGCGAGAGCGGGUGCUGACCCUUCCUUACACGGGGGUAAAGGAGGAAAAAACAGCUGAGUCGCCUCCAGAAGUGGCUGAUGCCAAAUCCGACAAUGAGGAGGAUCAGCCCACCGCUACAGGAGACAGUGGAGGUGGCUGAGAGCUACGUUCAUCGCCGCCAUCAAACACGGCUUCGGUGGAGGAAAUCACGUCGCUUUUGGCCCCUCUUGUUCUCUCGCUCACCACGACGGCAACGGAGAUGAGGGCAACGAGAGGAAGCAUACGUCCGCGUGUUCGUCAUGUAGUAUUGGCUGGACGGGUCAUCAGGGGUGCAGGUCAUAUCGCUUUUGUGCACUUGGACGACUGUGCACGUGCUCCCCCUCCCCCGCGUGUGACUGUCGCUAGAUACUUGUGUGCGACAUCCCUCCAGCACAUGCUAUUUACUUUUUGUAUAGUUGCCUCAUUAGUCAAAUGGACCCAAGCUAGAUGUAAUGUGAACACGCAAAUUUGUACUCUCCCGUAUUUGGUUCGAGAGACCUGGAGCUCGGGAACCGACUCAAGACGUUGGAAUCACGCGUGGCCACAAGCGACGGCUGUUCUCCACGGAAGAAGAAGCCGCCGAGGCGGAAAGGAACUGUUCGGCCGAAUAAUGUUGAAGUUUUUGGGCAGUUUUGACCCCAAGCCGAUGGAACAACAGCAGCAGCAUGAACAAGCAACAACACCUGAAGAUCCGGCACUAGAAUUGGACCUGAUGAUGAUGUGCUUGGGGCGCGAAGCCGCCAAAACAUAUAUUUGUCUUCAGCUAGGAGACUUAGUUGCUAGUCGGCAAACGUUGGCCAUAAGCAUGGCGCUUCCGUUUGCUGAGGCUAAUACAUACCAUCAACUGAUGAUGCAUCGGCAUUUCGAUGGGGGAGGUUGGUCGUUGUGGUGUUCCGAAUGGUCGGCCGCCGUUCCCAUCGGCACUUGGAAGCAAACGCUGCGU